AUGACCACCCACAGCCGCCUGCUGAUGGAGUACAGCGCCGAGGAGGACACCUCGCUGACGAUCUCCGUGCUGACGCUGAACAUCACCGCGGAGUACCACGGCCAGCCGGUCUAUUGCGUCAUUGCCCAUCAGAACUGGCCGCGAGAGGCGACGCUCAGCGCGUCUUUAAACGUGCUCUACGCACCCCUCUUCAGCAUCACCCGUGAGCCCGGCUUUGGCUACCCGAUCGUGGAGGGCAUGCCUCUGUCGCUGCGCUGCGAGAUUGACUCAAAUCCGCCGGCGGAGGCGCGCUGGGAGCGGGACGCCGACCCGGCCCUCUUGGCCACCACCACCUCAAACUCAAACAAUGGCCAACAACAGCAGGGAUCGACCCUUCCGCCGCCCAUUCCGCCCACCGCCCCCGACGGGUCGCUCAACUUUUCGGCCAUCAGCCGGGCCGAUGCGGGCUGGUACCGCUGCACCACCGUCCACGAAUUCGGCACCUUUGCCUCCUUUGGCUACUUUCUCAACGUCAAGUCGAGGGAGGAGGGCCUCGACCUGCCGCAGCCGGUGGACAUCUUGGGUGGGGAGCACCCGCAGCUGUCGGAGCACAAUCAGGAGUCGCUGUUGGCCAGCUCGAAGGAGGCAGCUCUGAGAAAACAACAGCAACAGCAGCAGCAAAACAAUCGAGGCGAAACCUUUGAGGCCUCAGUCCAGCGCCCAUAUUCAGACGGCAGCUUUGGUGGUGAUAACUUUAAUGGUGGGCACCGAUCAAGAAACAACUGUCCACCGGCGGCGGCGGCGGGCCCGCCAGCGCCGGAAAAUGGCCGCCCGCUGAUUGAGUCCAUCAACUCGACGGUGAUUGCCCUGGUCGGCUCGCAGAUCAGCCUCAUUGCCCGCUUCUGCUGCAAUCCUCGGCCGAAGAAGGUGUACUGGAUUCACCGGCACCUGGCGAUGAUGCCCUCGCGCAUCAUCGGCCGCUACAUCACCAGAGAGUUGAUUAUGUCCUCCAACUCAAUUCACUGCUUCACCUCCAGCUUCAUCAUUGACAGCGUCAAGCCAGAGGACGCCGGCGAUGUGAUGUUCCUGGUGCUGAACACCAAGGGCGUCGACCAGGCGCUGAUCAGCGUCAAUGUCACCUACUCUGCCGGCUACUCGUUGGCCCCAAACA